CGGUGGCGGCGGCGGCGGGAGGACCUCCUGGCCGCUCCCCGCGCUCCGCUCCUCCAUGGCGCUGUCCGGGCCGCCCGAGCCGCCCCGCGGCGCGCCCCGCAAGGCGCCCAGCCUGCUGGAGAUGGGGGCGCUCUGUCUGGACUCGGAGAUCAUUCUGGGCUUCACCAGCCACCUCCUGCGGCGGCGAGCUAAGGUGGCCGAGGGCGGCCCGGCCCGGGAGCCGCUGCAGCUGCUGGAGGUGCCCCCCCGCAAGAGGCUGCCCAACGGGCCCGAGCAGGACCCAUGCGGCAGCCGUCCUGCGCCCGAGGGCGCCGGUGCGGGCGCGGAGCAGGGCCACUCGGCGGGCGGAGGCGGCUGGUGCCGUCACUGCCACACGAAGCUCGCCGAGCUCAAGCGACAGGCGUGGAAGCUGGUCACCGGGCCCGGGACACCCCUCCGGGACCCUUGCCUCUCUGCUCUGCUUCUCGACAAGCUGCCGGCCCCUGGGGCCCUGCCCGCCUGCCGCCCGGAGGCUGAGCGCCGCUGUGACGUCUGUGCCACGCACCUGAACCAGCUCACGCGGGAGGCCCUGCGGCUGCUACAGGUGCCCGCCAGCCGCGAGGACCCCGACACCUUUCACGGAGACCCUGGCCUCGUGCCCUCCAGCCCCGGCGCCGUGACUGGCCCGCGGGAUGUACCAGUGCCUGCUGGCCUGUCAGGGAGGCAGCCGGGCCGAACGGGGCUGGACAAGAGGAAGGGGCUGGCCUGGCCGUCUGGGCCCAGCGUCCAGGUGUCGGUGGCACCAGCUGGCUUGGGCGGAGCCCUGAGCACGGUCACCAUCCAGGCCCAGCAGUGCCUGGAGGGCAUGUGGAGUGUCUCGAGGGUCAACAGCUUCCUGCCGCCAUCCUGCCUGGCUGAAGCGGCGGUGGCUGCCGUGGCAGUGGCAGACACGGUCCGGGAUGGUGCCCCCACCUCGGGCUCUGACGGCACGUCGAAGACGUGGGGCCGCGGUGGGGCCUGCACAACGGCGCUGGUCACCCCGGCCCCGGGCACCCCGGCGGGGGGCUCCACGGGCCCAUCUGCGGCAGCCUCCUUCUUCAUUAGGGCUGCCCAGAAGCUCAGCCUGGCCUCCAAGCGCAAGAAACCUCAUCCGCCGCCGGCCCCCGCUGCCCGCAGCGCCUCCCCCUACCCCACGGACUUCAGCGGGGUCCUGCAGCUGUGGCCACCCCCUACACCCCCCUGCCUGCUCAGGGCCGCCUCCAAGGUUAAGGACAACCCCGGCAGUGUCGGAAAGGUGAAGGUCAUGCUGAGGAUCUGGCCGGCGCAGGGGGUGCAGCCCUCGGCCGAGUCCACGUCCUUCCUGAAGGUGGACCCACGCAAGAAGCAGGUGACCCUGUACGACCCGGCCGCCGGGCCCCCGGGCAGCUCGGGCCCCGGACGAGCCUCUGCCGCGGCUCCCAAGAUGUUUGCCUUCGAUGCGGUCUUCCCCCAGGACUCGGAGCAGGCUGAGGUCUGCUCGGGGACAGUGGCUGAUGUGCUCCAGUCGGUGGUCAGUGGGGCUGAUGGCUGCAUUUUUUCCUUCGGCCACACGAGCCUUGGCAAGUCCUACACCAUGAUUGGGAAGGACAGCUCGCCCCAGAGCCUGGGCGUUGUGCCCUGCGCCAUUUCCUGGCUCUUCAGGCUCAUUGAGGAGCGCAAGGAGAGGACGGGCACCCGCUUCUCGGUGCGCGUGUCAGCCACGGAGGUGUGCGGCCCCAACGAGAGCCCGCGGGACCUGCUGGCUGAGGUGGCCUCCGGCAGCCUCCAGGACGCCCAGUCCCCGGGCAUGUACCUGAGGGAGGACCCGGCGUGUGGGGCACAGCUGCCAAACCAGAGCGAGCUUCGGGCGCCCACGGCAGAGAAGGCAGCCUUGUACCUGGACGCGGCACUGGCGGCCCGCAGCGCCCGCCGGCCCGGCUGCAGCUCGCACCUGCUCUUCACGCUGCACGUCUACCAGUACCGCGUGGAGAAGUGUGGCCGGGGCGGAAUGUCCGGAGGCCGCAGCCGCCUGCAUCUCAUCGACCUGGGCGGCUGUGAGGGGGCACCCAGCCGGGGCGGGGAGGCCCCCGGGGGACCCUCCUGUCUGCCUCUGUCGGCCUUGGGCAGUGUCAUCUUGGCCCUGGUCAGUGGAGCCAAGCAUGUGCCCUACAGGGAGCACAGGCUCACCAUGCUGCUGCGUGAGUCCCUGGCCACCUCCAGCUGCCGGACCACCAUGAUUGCCCACGUCUCGGAUGCGCCCGCUCGCCACGCCGAAACGCUCAGCACCGUGCAGCUGGCUGCCCGCAUCCAGCGCCUGCGCAGGAAGAAGGUCAAGUACGCGUCCAGCUCCUCAGGCGGGGACAGCUCCUGCGAGGAAGGCCGCGCCCGCCGCCCCCCACACCUGCGACCCUUCCACCCCCGCUCUUUGGCCCCGGACCCUGGCCGCCUGGCCCCCAGCUCGCCCGGAGACCCUGACUAUUCCUCCAGCAGCGAACAGUCCUGUGACACAGUCAUCUACGUGGGGCCGGGCGGGGCCGUGCUGUCCGACCGCGAGCUCACUGACAACGAGGGCCCACCUGACUUUGUGCCCAUCAUCCCCGCGCUCAGCCGCCGCCGGCCCUCCGAAGGCCCGAGGGACGCCGACCACUUCCGUUGCAGCACCUUCGCGGAGCUGCAGGAGCGGCUAGAGGGCAUCGAUGGCAGCGAGGGCCCCUCGGGAGCCCUGGGUGUCACCAGCGGAGCCCAGGCACCCUCGGCCUGCGGGGGCAGGAAGCUCUCCCCGCCCGAGGCCGCCGCCCCCAGGAAGGCCGGGGGCUCCCCGCUGGCCGCCAGCACGCCUCGAAGCGGCCCCGCCCCGGACACCUACCGGUGUGCCCUGGAGCCCUCUAAGGCCGGUGCUGACCAGAGGGAGGGUGGCAGCACCCGGCCCGAGCUGCUCGUGCCAGACAAGGCCGCGGGGGGCGGAGGCAGGAGGCCACUGCCCAGCCCGGCCCCUCCGCCUCCCCGGCAGCUGGAAGCCUGCAGAGCUCCAGAGGAUCCCGGGGGAGGGAGCGCCGACGGCGUGGUACGGACGCCCCCCGUGGGCAUGAGCGGGCAGGCCGGCCGCCCCCGCCCCUCUGCGCAAGGCCGUCGUCUGGAGCGGGGCCUGCUGACCACCACGGUGACCCUGCGGCAGCCCGUGGAGCUGAACGGUGAGGACGAGCUGGUGUUCACGGUGGUGGAGGAGCUGUCCCUGGGCGGGCUUGCCGGCUCGGGCCGCCCCGCCAGCCUGGCCAGCUUCGGCAGCAACUGCUCCCUGCAGGCCCUGGCCUCGGGGUCGAGGCCGGUGAGCAUCAUCAGCAGCCUCGACGACGGGUUCGAUGCGUACACCGCGCAGGCCCCUGGCGGGCCCUCAGAGGGAGCGGCCUGGGCUGGGAGCGGCCACGGCGCCUCCGUCAGCUCCUGGCUCAGUGAGGUCAGCGUCCGCAAGGACGACCACCGCAGCCCCUCACCACAGCCUCCCCUCCGGGCCAGCCCAGACUCUCUGGCGGGGCCCGACCCCCUGGGCCCCCCGGUCCUGGGCGGCUCCCCGGAUGAGGGCGCCUGUCGGUUCCCGGAGCACGGCAGACCGGAUGGUCCUGGUCUGGCCCGGAGUCCUCGUCCUGGGGACGUGGCUGCAGCAGCCCCCGCCCGACCUGGCAGGGAGUCGCCAGCUGCGUCCCCGUGGGGGCCAGCCCCAGCACAGACUAUCCACUCCAGCCUUCCCCGGAAACCGAGGACUUCCUCAGCGGCCGGUCGUGUAGGCUGCGCUCGCCUGGCCCCGAGCCCACCUGGACCCGGAGGCCUAUUCGAGGACCCCUGGCUGCUCCGGGCCGAUGAAUGUGGCCCACUCCAGGUGGCCUCUGCCAGCAGGGCCCCCAGCCCAGCCCCAGUGCUGGCUUGUGCCCGGAGGGUGGUGGACGGCUGUGAGGUGGCGGCCAGGGCGGCCCACGGGCCAGAGGCUGUGGCUCAGAUCCCGCCGCUGCGGAGGGGGGCCACCACGCUGGGUGUGACCACGCCUGCCGCAUCCUGCAGGGAUGCCCUGGCCGAUGCGGCGGCCUGCCUGGGCAACCCGAAGGCUGCUCCUGGCAGCAAGAAGAGUAUGGCUCCCAAGGGAGGCCUCUUCCCGAGGCCCGGUGGAGCGGCCCCCCCAGCCCCUCCAGUGCGCAAGUCCAGCCUGGAACACAAGAGCAGCCCGGCCCUGGCCGCUCCCCAGGCCGGGGGCCUGACCCGGGCUGGGGCUGCUGCCCUCCCCCGAGGGGAGGAGGAGGCCAGGCCCAGUAGCCGGGCUGACCACUCCGUCCCCAGGGCCACAUCCAGCCUGAAGGCCCGGGGUGGCAAGGCAGAAGCAGGGUCCCGUCCCGGCACCCAUGGCUCUCUGGAGCGGUGUGAAGGCCUGGUGCAUGGCAGCGGCAAGGCCAGGGAGGCUCCUGGGAGGCCAGCCCGGGCCGUGCCCAGGUUGGGUGUACCAUCCACCAGCCCUGUGCCUGGGCCCGCUCCUGCCUGUAGGGGCAGCCCGGCUAAAAGCGUGGGGGCUCCAAAGCCCCCAGCUGGCGGGGGCAAGAGCCGCAGCCUAGCAGCUGGCGGGCCGAGGGCUCUGGGUGCUCCGGUGAAGCCACUGACCCCGGCGGUGGGCAGGAACCCCGGCGGCCCUGUGAUAGCUCCCAGGGCGGCCCCGCGGGCCCUGCCCGGCGUCGGAGCCAAGGCCAGCCGUGGCACCAUCAUGGGCACCAAGCAGGCGCUCCGGGCCGCCCACAGCCGCGUCAAUGAGCUGGCAGCCAGCGGAGCCCCCGGCAGAGCUGGCCCCUCCUGGGGCUCAGCGGACUCGGACAGCGGCAGUGACAGCGGCGUGAACGUGGGGGAGGAGCGGCUGGCUGGCCCAGCGCUGCCCUCCCCCUACAGCAAGGUGACGGCCCCGCGGCGGCCCCAGCGCUGCAGCAGCGGCCACGGCAGCGACAACAGCAGCGUGCUGAGCGGCGAGCUCCCGCCCGCCAUGGGCCGCACCGCCCUGUUCUACCACAGCGGCGGCAGCAGCGGCUACGAAAGCGUGCUGCGCGACAGCGAGGCCACCGGCAGCGCCUCCUCCGCCCCGGACUCCAUGAGCGACAGCGGGGCCGCCUCCCCGGGCGCCCGCUCCCGCAGCCUCAGGUCCCCCAAGAAGAGGGCCACAGGUCUACAGCGGAGACGGCUGAUCCCGGCCCCCAUGCCCGACGCUGCUGCCCUGGGCCGCAAGCCCAGCCUCCCUGGACAGUGGGUGGACCUGCCCCCGCCCCUGGCUGGCUCCCUGAAGGAGCCCUUUGAGAUCAAGGUGUAUGAGAUCGAUGACGUGGAGUGCCUACAGCGGCACCGCCCGUCCCCGAGGGAGGACCCGGCUGAGCCCUCCCAGGAUGCGGAGAAGGGUCUGGUGUGCGCCAGUGCCAAGCUGCGGCUGGCCGAGCGCAGGCAGCAGCGGCUCCGGGAGGUGCAGGCCAAGCACGAGCACCUCUGCGGGGAGCUGGCGGAGACCCAGGGCCGGCUGAUGGUGCAGCCUGGCCGCUGGCUGGAGCAGUUCGAGGUGGACCCGGAGCUGGAGCCCGAGUCGGCUGAGUACUUGGCGGCUCUGGAGCAUGCCACGGCCGCCUUGGAGCAGUGCGUGAACUUGUGCAAGGCCCACGUCAUGAUGGUCACCUGCUUUGACAUCAGCGUCGCCGCCCCCGCUGCUGUGCCGGGGCUGCGGGAGGUGGACGUCUGAGGCUGGGCACAGGGGCGCGGGGAGGGGACGUGGGGUGGAGCGAGAACGUGGCGGGGGUUGGAGGGAUGAGGGUGCAGAGGGUCCCGUGCAGGACCGGCGUGGGGGGCUCUGAGGCGAGGAGCGUGCGGGAGGGGCUGGCCAGGCGGAGUGGACAGAGGGAGUGAGUGAGUGUUCCGGAGACGAGACGGUCACCACCCGGACAGCAACGCAAGUGCCUUUAACCUUGAAUCGGACUUCUCUCUUUUUGCGUUUGGUGCUAAGGACUCAAGACACCAGCAGACGGUGGGCUCGGGCCGUGGCCUGGGUGGCAGCAGGGGCUGUCCAGGUGCCAGGCCGGGGCCUCUUCCCAGCCAAGCAGUCUCAUGUAGCAGGACCCCUCUGGGCCCAGCCGGCCCGUGGGUCAGGAUGCAGGAUUAUUUUUCCUUUAUAGCUGUUUCCUCUUGGCAGAGCCGGGCCUGGUGGUCGCCAGACCCCGGUCUGCCCGUUGUCCUUGCUGCAGAUCGCAAGGGGAGGUCCUCCGGGCAGGAAUGGCCGACCUCCCUUCCCCUGGGACCUGCUCUGUCCUGAGGACACAGGGAGGGCAGCGCCCACCAGGCGCCUUCUUCUACGGCAGGAAUUCUUACCAAAACCACAAGCAAAAAACAAAACACACACACACAAAAUGGGGGGGCGGGUAAGAGUUUUGUAAAGGUUCUGUGAGGUUCAUAUUUUUGUAUCAUUUUGCCUAUAAAUGCAGUAUUUGCAGUGGGAAUUUGGAGACAAAUGAUCUAUGUUUUUAUGGUUUUCUAUGGAAGGUAUCCCUCGGGCCGGGCUCUUUCUGGUGGGCGCCCUGGGCAGGGCGGGGGGUCCUUGGGCGGCACUUCUUGCCAAAUGCAGACGGGGGGUGAGCCUGCCGACGUAUGUGUGUUCCCGCCACAAUGGGCUGUUUUCUGACCCUUGUGCAUUUUCUAGGGGCGUCCAGUCCUUUGUACAAACGUGUAGAUAACAUCUUGCUACAGCUUUUAUUUGUGAAUAAAAGACAC